CCGUAAAUAAACGGGAGACAACUCUCCGCUAACUUCCGGUCUGUCUGACAACAUCCUUCACCUCAGCACUGACCUUGUGAAAUGGCGAGUCUAGCGAUGCUGAGAACCUGCAGCCGAGGCACAAGGUGGUUGUUUUUGCACAUUGGGAACAAGGAUGUUACCCUCAGCUCUGUGUCAGCAAAUAAGAUCUUUACCACAAGCUCCUCUCUUAAUACCUUGGAUUACUUUCGGGCACGACGUGGUCCUUUUACACCAGAAGAAAAACGGGGGAAAGGUCAUCUCAUGAUGGCCUCUACUCACUGGAAAGUUGAAAGAAUUGUGGCUGUGUCAAUGCUGGGCAUCAUGCCAGCAGCUCUGUUUGUACAGGGACCCCUUAUGGACCAUUUGUUUACAACAUUUGUAUACCUCCAUGGGCACUGGGGGAUGCGUGGUGUGCUGACAGAUUACCUGGUGAAAUUUGUCCCAUGGAUUCAGUAUUUGUGGUAUGUCAUCAGCAUUGUUGGCUUUGCUGGACUUAUCAACUUCAAUGUCAAUGACGUGGGCUUCACCAAAGCCGUUCAGAUGAUUUGGUCACUUUAAAAGAGAGGGACUGGUGCCUUUAGGCUUUUACCAGUUUAACUGUUAUUUGGCAUCUAUGAAAGCUUGCUCAAUAGUUUCUGGACUGUUGAGAAAGUUUUAGUCCAACUUGUACAGUCUUUGCAUAGCUUAGGAUGUGUUCCUAAUGAUAAGCAUUAAUAUUAAAAGUAGAUUUCAACAUUGGAUUUUGUAGGGGCCUAGUGGAUAUUUGCCAGACGGAGAUGGUCAUAGCUACUAAAAUCUCUUUGGUAUAUCCGUAAAACAUCUUAUCCUUUUUGUGGUGUAGGGGAAGAAGUAAACAGACUAAUAUAAACAGCUAUUUUAAUAAACUGACAGUCAAUACUGAUGGGUUUAUUUUUUUUGGCAAUAUUUUGUGAUGAUUUCUGUACAUCUUCAGUCUCCACAAUUGCAGGUUGAAAAAAUCUGACAGUAAAUCCCCAAAAAUAUUAACCAGGACUGCUAUAGGCACUCUUGUUUAUUUGGGGAGAUGUUUCGGACUAAUUUUAUAACUAUCUCAACUGGUGACACCUGUUGAGUUUGAUUAACAUUUUGAAUAGUUUUUAUUGUAACUGUAUGAAUGUGUGUUCUGCACUUCAGAAUUGCAUAAAAUGCUCGCGGGGUUGGGGAAGUGUGUUGACUUAUUUUCUGCAAAUUAGCUUUCAGUUGCUAUUGCUGGUAAAUGUUUCCUGUCAUAACAAAUAAAUAUUUGAUAGAUGAAAA